CCGAGUUCCUGUGUCUGGGCGGCAAGUUUAAGCGAAGGAAGAAGAUUUGGAAGCGAUGAAGACAUCAGUUGUUCAGCCAACUGUUCAAGGACAUGGAUUUUUGAUGCAGGAAGAAAACGAUUAAAAUUGAUUGAAUUCCAUUGGGAUCAAAAUUACAGAAAAUGAGACGAAGUCUUGCACCGAGUCAGCUUGCUAAGCGGAAGCCAGGAGAUUCCUCUGAUGAAGAGGAUGUGAACACAAAACGGCGAAAGCUGGGAUCUGAGCGCAACAACAUUGAAAAUUUUAUAUCUCCAUUCAGGAAACCCCUAGCACAGCUAACCAAUCGGCCUGUGUGCCUGGACAGCAGUCAGCAUGAAGCUUUCAUUCGAAGUAUCCUGGCCAAACCUUUCCGAGUGCCUAUUCCAAAUUACACAGGUUCUCUUGGAUUAAAGGCCCUCGGGAUUAAACGUACAGGAGCCAGGCGAUCACUUCAUGAUCCAUAUGAAGAAGGUGCUUUAGUACUCUUUGAACCUCCGCCUCUUAGUGCGCAUGACCAACUAAAGGCUGACAAAGAUAAACUUCCAGUACAUGUGGUGGUAGAUCCGAUCUUGUCUUCUGUCCUAAGACCACAUCAAAGAGAGGGUGUGAAGUUCAUGUGGGACUGUGUGACGGGUCGACGAAUUGUGGAUGGCUAUGGCUGUAUUAUGGCAGAUGAGAUGGGACUUGGCAAGACUUUGCAGUGUAUUUCACUAAUGUGGACACUCUUACGACAAAGCCCUGAAGCCAAGCCAGAGAUUGGAAAAGUUAUUGUUGUGACUCCAUCCAGUUUAGUAAAAAACUGGUAUAAUGAGGUGGAGAAGUGGCUGGCGGGAAAGUUGCAAUCCCUGGCUAUUGAUGGAGGAACUAAAGCAGAGAUAGACAAGAAACUGGCCACGUUUAUGAGCCAACAAGGGUUGCGGAUUCAAACUCCAAUCCUAAUAAUUUCUUAUGAGACGUUCCGAUUACAUGCUGAUGUGCUUUGCAGAGGUCCUGUUGGUUUAGUCAUCUGUGAUGAGGGUCAUAGGCUAAAGAAUUCAGACAAUCAGACAUAUCAGGCAUUGAACAAUCUGAAUGCCAAGCGUCGUGUGUUGAUCUCAGGAACACCAAUCCAGAAUGACUUGCUAGAAUAUUUCAGCCUUGUCCAUUUUGUUAAUGCAGGAAUACUGGGGACUGUACAAGAAUUUAAAAAGCGGUUUGAAUUGCCCAUCUUGAAGGGUCGUGAUGCAGAUGCGAAUGAAAAUGAAAGAUUGUGUGGUGAGGAGAAGUUGAAAGAAUUGAUCAGCGUUGUGAAUAGGUGUUUGAUUCGAAGAACCUCAGAUAUUCUCUCCAAAUACUUGCCAGUGAAGAUUGAACAGAUUGUCUGUUGCAGACUCACUCCUCUGCAGUUAGAGUUGUACAAGCUGUUCUUAAAGCAAGCCAAACCAGCAUUGGAAGUGCAGCAAGCUCACAACGGGAAGAUAAGCAUUUCCUCCCUGUCUUCAAUUACCUCGCUAAAGAAACUUUGUAACCACCCAGGGUUGAUCUAUGAGAAAUGUGUUGAAGGUGAAGGAGGAUUUCAAGGAGCACUUGAUCUCUUUCCGCCAGGAUACAGUACAAAAUCCGUGGAGCCUCAGUUGUCUGGCAAAAUGCUUAUUCUUGACUAUAUCUUAGCCAUGACUCGAAGUACCAGCUCUGAUAAGGUGGUUCUAGUAUCAAACUACACACAAACUCUUGAUUUAUUUGAGAAGCUCUGCAGAGAUAGGAGAUACCUUUAUGUUAGACUGGAUGGUACAAUGACUGUAAAAAAGAGAGCCAAGAUAGUGGAACGUUUCAAUAACCCUGCGAACCCUGAAUUUAUCUUCAUGUUGAGUAGCAAAGCUGGUGGGUGCGGCUUGAAUUUAAUUGGUGCAAACCGGUUGGUCAUGUUUGAUCCAGACUGGAAUCCAGCUAAUGACGAGCAAGCGAUGGCUCGUAUAUGGCGAGAUGGACAGAAGAAGACUUGCUACAUUUACAGGCUUUUGUCGACGGGGACAAUCGAGGAGAAGAUUUUCCAGCGUCAAACUCACAAGAAGGCACUGAGUAGCUGUGUAGUGGAUGAGGAGCAAGAUGUCGAACGACACUUUUCUCUUGGAGAGCUUAAGGAGCUCUUUACUCUAAACGAGAACACAGCAAGUGAUACUCAUGAUAGGCUGAAAUGUCGUCGAUGUGUGAAUGGUCAGCAGGUGCGCCCCCCUCCCGAAAACUCAGAUUGCACAUCAGAUGUUUCUCAGUGGAAUCACUGUGAGAAUAAACGUGGACUGCGGGAUAUGGUCCUCCAUUCGGCCUGGGAUGCUGCAGUCUCCUUUGUGUUUCAUCACCACUCCCAUGAGGAGCAACGUGGAGUUAUCUGAGAUACUCAGUGGUUGUAAAAAUGAAGAUUCAUUAAAGGUGCCUAAAAUGGAUCAGUUGCCUUUCUGAAAUCUUAUUGCAUUUUGGUGUACCAACAAUGAAGGUUCUGAACUUUGAGAAAUCUGCAUGAGGAUCAGCUGGCUGCAUUACUCCUCUUUGAUUUCAUUUAUCUGAAUAUGCUGCCUUUUCGUUGUCAUCGUCGUUAGGUCGCAUCUGGAAUUUCCAUUUGGUGGACUAUUUCCCUCCACACCACUCAUGUCAUUUUGGGAAAUCAUGUUCGUGGCAGGUUACAGCAGUGGUUUGCCUUUGCCUUCUGCCGGGUGAGUUUAAAGAGAUCACCACCUCUUGCAGUGGAUGACCAGGACGUCUAAGUGCCUUGUCGUGCUCUUAGCGCUCCACCACGCCUGCUGGCCCGCCUUCUUGACCAUUGGACUAUUAAUUGGUCUCCUUCGCUCAAUCCGCCAUGGCCAGACGACUUCACACGCUGGGACAGGCAAAUCCCCUACAUCACUGAGGGUCGAAGAUCCGUUGGUUACCCUCACCUGGUUUGGCCCAUCUGCCGAGAUGGUUUACCGGGGUGUGGCUACUGCGCAUGCUACAGCUACUUGGAGCCACAGGUGAGAGCUGAGUGUCAGGUGGGGAUCAAAGGUGGACAAGCUGUCCUAAAAAAGGGCAUGGCAGGCCCCCCACCAGAGGUGCUACCCCGCCCCAUACACCCCUUUUACACAUUGCAAAAGAAAAAUUCAUCACUGUCCUUAAGUGCUCUUGAAUGCUGUAUCAUUUUCACAUAGAACACUUCUGAAACAUCUAGUCUGUUGUGGAAUGCAAAGGUCUGCAUAGUAUAUUAUGUAACGACUUAUUGUGAUCUAUUCUGUGAAUAGGCAAAGGCUCAUUCUAAGCUAUAUUUUGUUAAGAGCAUUGGGGGAGUUGUAAGUUGUGGAGAUGAAUCAGUAAUAUGUAAGUGUUAAUACAGUAUUCACGUUCAAAGAAUAGAUUUAAAAUUCAUAUGUAUAUAAAAUACUUCUGUUAUUAUCUCUUAAGGUUUAUAUAAUUUCAAGAUUCCUGAUGCUCAUAGAUCAUUGAGCUAUAUUGUCAGCAAUAUAUUUAAAUAUUGCUUUAAAGUAAUAGCUCUCAGGUAUGUUAUAAGACUUGCUAAUCAUUGGGAACACUAGUAUGAAGUGUUGCUGGAGAUGCAAUAUUUUAUCUUUGCUCUCUCUAAAACACCUGUGCAUCUGCUCUCAGUUGAACUACUGCUAAUAGCUCAAUUAAUGGCUAAUUUGGGGAAGUCUGAGGUCCGGAGGUCUGAGCUCAAUUAAUUCUGCCCAGAUCAACUGUUUGCACUUUUAAGUUAUCAAAAGUACCAGCAGGAUGGGAAAAUUCUCCUUUAACCUGAUCAUUGUUCUCCAUUAAAUCCAUGAUGUGAUUGUCUCUCUUAUUUUUAAAUGUACCUGUUGUAUAGUACUGCACUUAAUGUACUAAGCCAAUAAAAAUCAUGGUUUCCUUUUGGUUUGAAUGUAAAUUGUGGCUGAAGCACACCAGUUUCCAUUUAAAACUAUGUAUGUUCUGGUUAACCAUAACAUAAACAUUUACCUUCCUCUCAUGGGAUGUUGGUAGCAGUGGCAAGGGCCAUAUUUAAUGCACAUUUCUAAUUGACAUUGAUAGGGGUGGUAUGUACCAUCUUGAAUGGCUUUGGUUGCCAUGCUGUGCUAAUGCCAGGUGGAAAGUGAGUUUUCAGCCAGUUUUUAUUGCUGGUGAUCCCCUGGAUUAAUAUUGAACAAGGAAAUGAAGAUCAAUGGGGAAAUGCUACUAUGAAAACAUUAGCUGUUUCUGAAGUUAAAAUGAUUAACA